CUUUUUUUCAAACAAAUAACAAAUGACAGCUGUAUUGAAAUUUAAGCAGUCGAUAGCGAAUCAGCUUUCAAAACAUACACCAUGUAAUCCAAAGGAUAUCACCACCUUCAUGAGGCCUUCCAAGCAAAUGAAAGAGGGUCAUAUUUCGAUUGCAGUACCCAAGUUGAAUGCGUCAUUAACAGAUCCUACACCAAAACAAGACUUACCUGCAUGGACUCAAAGCAUUGCAGACAAUUUUGAACCCAAUGAAUUUAUCGAAAAAGCAAGUGCACAAAACACAAACUUAUUCUUCAAGUUUAGAGAACCCGAAUUUAUCAAACACGUAUUGCAGCAAGUGUAUCAAGAUAACAAAUCAUAUGGAUGGUCUCACAUACCAAAACCAAAUAACGACACUGUCUUAAUCGAUUACAGCUCGCCAAAUAUUGCAAAACCCUUUCAUGCUGGACAUUUAAGAAGUACAAUCAUUGGUAACUUUACUAGGAUUAUUCAUGAAUCGUUGGGAUAUAAUGUCAUCGGUAUCAAUUAUUUGGGUGAUUGGGGAAAGCAAUACGGUUUAUUGGCGAUUGGGUUUCAAAAGUACGGUGAUGAGUCAAAGUUAGUGUCGGAUCCUAUCCAUCAUCUAUAUGAAGUAUAUGUAAAGAUCAAUGCAGACGCAAAAGAUGACGAUGUGAUAUAUCGACAGGCAAAUGAGUACUUCAAAAAGAUGGAAGAGGGUGAUCCUACUGCCCUAAAACAGUGGUCCAGAUUUAGAGAGAUGAGUAUCAAAUCUUACGCAUCCAUUUACGACCGGCUAAAUGUUAAAUUUGAUGUUUAUUCUGGUGAAUCACAGGUCAAUCCUUACAUUUCCAAGGCACACGACAUGUUAGACGAGAAGAAGUUAUUGACCCGUACAGAGGACGGUGCAUAUGCAGUAGAUUUAGAAACUUAUAAAUUGGAUAAAGCAGUGAUACGAAGAGCUGAUGGAACAUCGCUUUACAUGACUCGCGAUUUAGCAAGUGUCCUUAUGAGAAGUGACUUAUACCCAUUCCAAAAGGGUAUUUAUGUUGUUGGUAGUGAACAGGCUGGUUAUUUUAAACAAAUGUUUCAAAUAUCUAAGCUAAUGAUGGAUCCAUCGUUAAAUUUACAACAUAUCGGCUUUGGAAGAAUUAAGGGAAUGUCAACCAGAAAAGGUACUGUGGUAUUCCUUCAAGACAUUCUGGAUACAGCCAAAGAAAGGAUAUUAGAGUACAUGAACAAUGAUCAAGAAAAGAGCCAAAUGAAGGACCGUGAUGCAAUUGCUGAUCAGCUGGGAAUGUCUGCUAUUUUAAUUCAAGAUAUGAAAUCAAAACGAACCAAAGAUUAUGAAUUUUCUUGGGAUCGUAUGACUGAUGCAAAAGGUGAUACUGGUGUCUUCUUGCAAUACGCUCAUGCUAGGGCCUGUGGCAUUGAAAGAAAAUCAGGUACAGAAAUCAGUCCAAAUGUUGAUUUUACUAUUUUGAAAGAAAAGGAAGCGAUGGAUUUAGUUCAAUCUAUAGCACAAUUUCCUGAGAUUGUGGAGGCUGCCUUUGCAUCACUCGAGCCUUCCACUCUUGUUAAUUACUUGUUUAAACUAUCCCACGCAACAAGUGUUGCGAGUAAGUUUUUGCGUGUCAAAGAUAUGGAGCAGGAUGUGUCUAAGGCACGCAUGUUGUUAUUCUGGUCGGCUCGUAUCACCUUAAGAAAUGGCUUGUAUCUUUUGGGUAUUAAACCUAUCAAACAAAUGUAAAUAAAUUUAUCAUUACAUAACGAUAUAUUGGAAAAACACUUUAGGAC